AUGGAGAACCAGAGGCUGAAGCAACAGCAGGCGUUGAUGCAGCAGGCUCUCCUCCAACAGCAGUCGCUUUAUCAUCCUGGCCUUUUAGCUGCUUCUCCUCAGAUUGAGCCAAUCCCAAGUGGAAAUUUGCCUCCUGGGUUUGAUCCAAGCACAUGCCGCAGUGUGUAUGUCGGAAACAUUCACACCCAGGUGACUGAACCACUUCUUCAAGAAGUUUUCGCAAGUACUGGUCCUGUUGAAAGCUGCAAGCUUGUUAGAAAAGAAAAAUCGUCUUAUGGAUUUGUUCAUUACUUUGAUCGUAGAUCGGCUUCACUUGCAAUAAUCACCCUCAAUGGAAGGCAUCUGUUUGGGCAACCUAUCAAAGUUAACUGGGCAUAUACCAGUGGUCAGAGGGAGGACACAACAAGCCAUUUCAACAUUUUUGUCGGUGAUCUGAGCCCAGUGGUUACUGAUGCCAUGUUGUAUGCAUGCUUUUCUGUCUACUCUAGCUGUUCUGAUGCAAGGGUUAUGUGGGACCAAAAUACUGGACGUUCCAGGGGGUAUGGAUUUGUCUCUUUCCGAAAUCAGCAGGAUGCCCAAAGUGCAAUCAAUGAUCUAACUGGAAAAUGGCUUGGCAAUAGACAGAUACGUUGCAAUUGGGCCAUGAAAGGUGCUGGUGCCAGUGAUGACAAGCAGGAUUCAGAUGUUAAAAGCUUUGUGGAACUAACAAAUGGCUCCUCAGAAGAUGUGAAAGAGGCUGCAAAUAGUGAUGCUCCUGAGAAUAAUGCUCUAUACACUACUGUGUAUGUUGGCAAUCUUGCUCCCGAGGUAACCCAGGUUGACCUCCAUCGCCACUUCCAUGUGCUUGGUGCUGGAGCAAUUGAGGAAGUUCGUAUUCAGCGCGAUAAGGGCUUUGGUUUUGUAAGAUACAGUACCCAUGCCGAGGCAGCUACGGCCAUUUCAAUGGGAAAUACACAGUCAUUUCUUUGUGGCAGACAAAUUAAGUGCUCGUGGGGUAACAAACCAACUCCACCCGGAAUGAGCUCAAACCCAAUGCCACUUCCUGCCCCCUCAUACUUGCCAAGCUUUUCUGCUACUGAACUGUUGGCUUAUGAGCGGCAACUUGAAAUGAGCAGAAUGGGCGCCCUCAUGCAUGCCCAGGGGCAAGGUCCUCUGAAGCAAACAUCUAUGGGAAUGGGUGCCAGAGCAAGCCAGGCCAUUUAUGAUGGUGGUUUUCAGAACAUUGCUGCUGGACAUCAGCUCAUGUACUACCAGUGA